AGAGUGUGCAGGUCCAAACAGGUCGUAUGAUGAUAACGCCUCUUCGUUUACCGUGGUUACAACGUAUUUGGAAUGUGCAGCAGAGCUAAAAUGUUUAUGGUUUAAGUUUAAGUAUAUCAUUGCUGAAAAAUUGUCAAGAUGGAUUUUGAUGCGAUCGCGGACAUUACAGUUGUUGAUGUAUACGAAAGUGCGGCCGGGAUCGGUCGUGAAUUUGAGCACAUUAUCGAUGUUUAUGGAACUGAUGCUAUAGCAUGUCUCAUGCCAAAGGUUAUCACAGUAUUGGAGCAACUUGAAGCGCUAGCUCAACGAAAUGAGAGAGAAAGUGCUCAGAUCAGCGACCUGCAGUUUACUGUUGAGAAAUUGGAAGCGCAUAAAAGCGCGAAGUCGUCCGAAAGAAUGAAGUUUGAGCGGGAACUGGAAACAGAUCGAGAAUCAUGGCGUCUUGAGACAAAAGAGUGAUGAGACGAUAGAACGACUGCAGGAUGAAACAAGC